AUGAGUACUGUCUUUGAGUACGACUAUCAGAAACGGACAAUAUUGGACGACGAAAGAGCUCCGUUUCACAGUCCCAAUCCAUAUAAUUCAAGGUAGAUAUUGUUUUUAUUAUGAUUUUUUUGAUUGCAGUGAAUUUUUAAUAUUAUCCUUUACAGUGAAGAAACUAAAAUGGAUUUUGAACCCUCCAAUGGUCAAGUAUUAGUUUUGCAAAGACAAGAACAAGCUGUCCACAUUAAACCUGACACAAAUCAAGAUGAAUAUACCAAAUUUGAUGGUGAAAAGUCUCAAAGACAAGGAAUUGGACUUCAGAAUGGUUUUGCACAUAAGAUAAAAUCUUAUGGAGAAGAAGGAACACAGGAAUAUAACCAACAUAACGAUGUUUUACCUAAUAAAGAGGAUCAAAGAGUUGGAAAAGAUUUUCGUCAGAGAGAAUUAGGUAAUGGAGACGAGCAAAAGGUUAUAGAAGGACAGAAAGGAUGUCAGAACGGUGUUCAUCAAGUUAAUGGACAAGAAAAAAGAGAUUCUGGAGCUAAAAAAGAUGAUCAGGAUAAAGAAGAGUAAGCAGAUGUUUUAUAUUAUUAUUGAGACAAUGUUUGAGGUUUCGGAUGUUCUAAAUCAGUGAAACAAAAAAACUAAUCUUUUUUUUUAGUUUAACUUUUUAGCCUUUAAUGUUGUAGUAGUUAAUUUUUAGUUUUCUAAUGUUUAAUUUUGUAGAACAGAAGCUGAUCUGGUCGAGUGUUACAAGAAGAUAUUCUGGAUAACUCGAAACAGAUCAACGCUUCGCAUUCCUGGAUUGACGAACUUCAGAAACAAUUGUUUUAUGAAUGCAGCUCUUCAAGCUUUGCUCAACACUACACCUCUGCUGGAAUUCUUCUGUCCGGAAACUUUCUCAUCUUAUGUUAACAUGUAAGUACUGGGACAUUUUAAUCUAAACUGUAAAUUUUUAUUCAGAAAGAACAAGAAAGGUACACGAGGCAAGUUGGCAGCUGCUUUCAUGGCCAUAAAAGUUCUAUAUUGCAGUGGAGAUUACGAUACGAUUCAUCCUUUCGCGUUUUAUGUAAGUUUUCGGAUUUACUUGUAAUUUUAAAGUUUGUUUUACAUUUAAUACAUUAUAAACUUUAUAAUGCCAUGAUUUUGUAGUUGAGUUGGGAUAGAGUUGAUUUUUAGCGUUAAAGUUAAAUUGAUGUUUUUUAGGAGAUUUUCAAGCAAUUUUGUCCUCAUUUGUGUAACGGAGACCAACAAGAUGCGUCAGAGUUCUUGGCCAUUGUUCUGAAUUACCUACAUGAAGAUAUGAAGGAGGACCAGAACAGAACAGGUACACAGCAAUCGUACGAAGGUGAAAAUAUUGCCUUCGAAUGGAGACAUUGCCUGGAUCUUAACGUUGACUUUAUUCCAUCUCCAAUUCUCCACACUUUCUAUGUAGGUAAUAGAACUCUUUCUCACUAUAUCUAUAUGUCAUUUAUUCAGCAGUGUUAUUUAAAAAGACUACGAUGUUUACAGAAAAUACUUUAUAAUUGUUUCAGCUAGUCAAAUUUUGUGAACGUCUGUGCAAGCCAUGUCAGUACAAAUCACUGUCAUUUGAACUUGAAAGUCAGAUCAGACUGAACCCUCCGACUGGCUGCAAGAUCGACGAAUGUACAUUGUUUUCUUGUUUGGAUGAGUACUUCGGAUAUACUGUAAGUUUUUUCUAAAUAUUAUUGUAGAUGCUACAAUGGCACUCUUACUUAUUUUGUGUUUCAGAAUUUUGAGGAUUCUGCUACAACUCAAUGUCAGGGAUGUCACAAUUCCGUGAAACCGACUAAAAGCGAGAUGGUGUGGUCUUUACCUUCUGUCCUUGUCUUUACUCUGAACCGAUUUGUCACCACAUCAAUAAAUGGUCGUGUUCAUUUUACGAAGAACAGAAUCAAUGUGGCAUACCCAGAGUUCUUAGACAUGAAACGCUAUGUUCACAGACAAUCUGUCAGUCCACACACGAAGUACAGACUGUACGCAGUGACUGAACACAAUGGAACCAUCAACACGGGGCAUUACACGACCAUCUUCAGGAAAGGCUGGGAAUGGGUCAGAGCCAAUGAUUCUGGGUCCAGCAGGAUUGAGAAGGAAAAUGUUCAGGUAGGGUGGUCACUAUAUUAAGAUAUGAAAUGUUCAGGGGCGUCGCUAGGGGGGGGUGGAUCGACGCCCCUGGACAUGUUAUGGUUAUGUUUUUGUGAAGUUGAGCCAAAUAUUGCGUUUAAUGUUAAAAAGGUUAAUUUUUUAAAGAUUUUAAAGACAGUUUUUGUUAUUCUAUUUUCUUUUGGAUUAUUUAUGCAAGCUAAAACUUUUCUUUAAAGGAUUUGAGGAGGUUUAUAACGUAGAAUCAUUUAAAACAGUAUAUUUGUUAUUCCAUCUCUUUAAAACUGAUAUUUUCAGACCCGUGAUGCCUAUCUUUUGUACUAUUGUCGCCUGGAUCGCUUGGGAGAUUCGUACUAA